GUUGCUAGUAGUGGCGAUCUCAACGAUGAUUCUCCUGCCCAACAUGUACAACGCAUUUGGUCCGUCUUCCACAGUUCGUGCACACUAUACCGCUGUCCGUUCCUCCAGUUUCGAGUUUGCGCUCCGCGGGAUUGCCGAGUGGCGGCGCAGCAUGGAUGGUGGGGAUGAUGCCGGUUCCAGUAGUAGCACUGGUAACAGUAACAGCCAUGACUCUACUAGCGCCACCAGAACGGUGCUGCUUCUGCCCUUUGCCGUGGAGGAGGCUCUGCUGAUUCCCGGUCAAUCCCAGACGCUGGUCCUCAAGGAAGGACGUUUCUUUGAUCUCUUGGAGGAAGCCAUGGACGAGCAUGCCAGUGUCAUUGGCACCCUCUUGAUGGGGGGAGAAUCUCAUUUGGGAGUGCUGCCACUGUGCGAAAUCACUAGCUACCAAAUGGAAGCUGGGUAUCGUGGCAAGGUCACGGCACAGGUCACCCUUCAGUGUGUCGCCCGGGCCCAAUUGGUAGAACUGAAUCAGCUCCGACCGGUGAUGCGGGGGAUUUGCACGGAACUACAAGAUGACGAUCAUGACAUCAUGGCUAGUAGUACUUCCACAGAUAGCAGUACGAAUGAUACAAGCAGCAAAGAGAUGGUUGAAGAGUUGGUGGAAGAUAUUGAAUCCAUGAUAGAGCUUGCCUCCUCUUCGUCGGAUACUACACGUACUGGUACCGGUACUACUGAUACAUUGGAUGAUCCUCAGACAAUGUACGAACAAACGUUUUGGAUGGCCCUGACUACUCUGGGAUAUACCCCCGCAUCAUCGUCGCAGCUGAUGGGUGACGAUGAUGAUGAUGAUGGUGACCCGGCUUGGCCAGACUCUUCGGCACAAGAAUUGCAUGCCAUGAGUUGGGCAGCUAUAUCGACCGUGGCAGACCCAACGCUGCGGUACCAAGCAUUUGCAACUACAUCCGUGCUAGAACGGCUACGGGUGGUCCGAAGAGCGCUGCUACAGCAGAGUCUACCAGUAUCCACCAAGACGCAAGACGUGUCCAGCAUACGACAUGACAGAGACGACGAUAGUAGUGAUGAUGGCCCUUCGUCGUCAUCAUCCUUCUUUGGGGAUUCCGGGUUUGAAUAAUAGAGACAACAAACGAGGAAUGAAUAGAUGCGAUUCGGAUUGCAGAACUCUAGCUAGAGCAAUAGAACCAAAUACGAGAACCACAGCCAAUGCAAAAGCACAGACAGAGGUGAACGAGGGCCCAUUUCUGUAUUUUGGGAAUGAGUCCUACAUGUACUAGCUAGCUAGCACGGUUGGAACGUUUUGAUCAGGAGAUGGCAAGCUAGGGCAUGAUGUCAUUGUCAGUGAGAUUGCUGAAAUGCUGAUUUGUCUUCCUCAUCCAGGUUGGGAUAAUCCAAGGGUCUGCGAACGAAUGAUUGCCAUCGAGCGAUGGUUCAUGGAUCCUAUACUAGUAUCCUUUUGCCCUUCGUUCGGUCAUGAGCCUGCUCCUUGCAAACAGGACGGCUGGGUAAAUAAAGCAAACAAUUUGAAUCGUAUCACUCCCAUUUAUUUACCCCAUCUACUUUAAC